CGGCACAUUUUUCGUCGGAAUCACUUGGUUUACGCACUGGCUGGCAUCAAGAGGCUUCGAACACUGGCCAAUCCUGGCGCCAGACGAACUACUGUUCCAUGCGGAGACAGCUUUCAAAAAACUGCUUUUCUGCUAACACCCAAUUUCAUUCCCUACGUCGACUUGUCCAUACAUCUGCUCGCUGCUCCUCCGGAACCUUUCCACUUCAUAUCGUGCAUGAUGCAUCUUCCGGCGCAUGCACAACCACUCCUUCACAAAGGAACUUCAAGGAUAUGAAUUCUAAGGAAAUCAUCCAGAAGGAAAAGCUUUCCGCUCUUAUGGAGGUCCUCUCGCGUCAGACACGGAGUCAUGCCAGAGUAUGGUCAUGCUAUGUCGAUUUCAUGAACUACGCGGAAUGCGAUGACCUUCCUCUGGAAGUUCAUCAAACGGUUCUCCGACGCUGCGUCCCAAGCUCGUAUACCCUGAGAGCUUGGACAGCGCGUCGCAUGCAAGCAGGUCAAGUUCCUCGCAUCCCUCACCAUUAUGAGGCCCGUCUCAAGACCGUCGUGCGUAAUAUCCGAGCAACAGGUGCAGACGCAACUCUCGAGGACUACCAUGUUAUUUUGCAGCAGUUCGCUGCUGUGGGUCACUAUACCGGUGCAAUACAAGUAUUAACCGAACUCACGCAUGUCUGCAAACUGGACCCUGAAUCGAAAACAUUCGGCUUAUGUCUCAAGGCAAUCGCACACCGCUUGUCAAUGCCAAUAUACAAGGUGCAGCGUGCGGACAUGCUUGCUGAUGCGAGCAAACUUUGUCGGAAGCUGCUCAAGGAAAUGUCGGCUCGGGAUAUGCCUUUAACAUCUUUCAACCUUGACUUGGUCAUGCGUAUCUUGAAGGAGGUUUUGGAUCAGGAGGGCUUCCAUCAGCUCAUGAAAAUUGGCUAUGGUAUAGACCUGGAUUAUCCAGACCACUCACCAUUACAAGGCUCCAGUAUGCUGUCACCUUUCUCCACCGCCGCUCUCAAUACCACCCUUGAUAUGCUGGGCCGGCUCGGCAAUGUAGCCAAGCUCGUCCAAACUUUCGAGGUCCUCACCCAACCCCUUCCUCCACAAGCAAGCCGGCACUAUUCACAGGAAUUUGAUGAAGAGGAUGACUUUGGAAUCGCAAACCCCGCGUCAACCGAGCCACACGUAACUCCCAACGCCCAGCCCAAUACCACCUCAUACAACAUCUUGCUCAAGCAUAUAUCGCGCGCAGGCCACGCCACCUUUGCACGACAUUACCUCUUCCAAGCUAUGCGCCUGGAUCGCCGGGUCGACCGUCAUUUGCGAACUCAGCUGUAUCGUAACCCCCAUGGCACGCUUGCGCCGCAUUUCGGCCUUAACCGGGGCACCAUAAUACCUGUCUUUGGAGAGGCUAACAGAGACAAGAAUAUGGAGUUGAUGCGAUGGGUCGGAUGGGUAACGAGGCAGACCAUACGGAGGAAGAAAAAUGAUAUUGCAUGGUACUCUGAGCUACGCGACAGCCUCCCUCCUCCACCAUUUCCCUCAGAAUCGACUUCUUCUAGUUCUCCCCGCGCUCCUCCACCAGACGUCUCGACAGCUCUAGACGUUGACCUCGACACCCCUUCGACACCCCCAGAUUAUUCCCCACCGGAGAAAAUUUUCGACAUAAACCUUCACCUGAACAUCCUCCAGAAAAGUUUAGAUGAGCUCGUAACGUGGUACGAGAACCACUAUGAAGUCGCACUCUCUCGAGCAACGCAACGGGUGAAGGAGCGACUUGGUAGGCGGGUGUGGGCUGGAAAGAAUAUUUAUUUGCUCACCGAGAAUGCUCGGGUAACUGUGCCGAGGAAUGCAUGGAUGAGGAUGGUGAACUUCAAGCAAGGACAGGCGAGGUUUUCAGGAGAACAAGGUGGAAGGGUCAUGCGGAAUGGAUGGGUUGCAGGAUAUAAAGGGCUAAGAGCACCCAGGCCGCAGCCCCUGCAAUUCUUCGACCCGUCAUCGAUGAGCUGAUCUGACCAAGUGCCCGUCCGGUGUCGUCAUUUGGUCGUUUAUACCACCUUUUUCGAUACAUCCACAUACGUCAGGGCACUAAAUUCACGAGGUUUCACU